AGCCGCAGCCGCCGUCGGCAGCAGCGGAGGGGGCAUCGCCCGGCCCGGCCGCCGCCGCCGUCCCACCUCGGGGACACCCUUCCUAUGGGACGACAAGUGAAGGGCUGCCGCCGCCCGCUGCCCGGCCCGCCCCGAGCCUCGGCGCCUCGGCGCGGCAGCGGCAGCUGCUAAACCUGUGCCACUUGCACAACUUCGCCGGCUCCGAGCAUCCUCCCGCCGAGCCCGGGGCUCGGGGGCUCGUUCCCCCGCUCCUGCCUUUUCGCGUCCGCCUUUUCGGAAGCGGGGGUGACCGAAGCGCUUGUCCUCCGUAGGCUUUUUAAUUGCUACUGUUAAUAUUCUCCUCCAGACUUUCCCCUUCUGGGGGAGGGAGGUGGUUUCCUGAUCUGAAGUGCAAAGAAAAGUCAGUGGGAUUCCCCUCCUUCUCCCCCCACCCCCCCUUUUUUGGGUGCAUUCACACGCUCCCUCAGGCAUGAUGCUCAAGAUGCUGCCGUUUAAGCUGCUGCUGGUGGCCGUGGUUCUGUGCUUCUUCGAGGGGGAUGCCAAGUUUGGGGAGAGCGGCGCCCGGAGGAGAAGGUGCCUCAACGGGACCCCGCCGAGGCGGCUGAAGAAGCGCGACCGGCGGGUGCUGUCCCCGGAGGCCCCGGGCGGCGGGGAGGCGAUGUGCCGCGGCCUCUACCCCCGCCUGUCCUGCUGCUCCCGCACUGACGCGCAGGGGCUGCUGCACGCCGAGGCGAAGAUACUUUCUGUUACCAACAACACAGAAUGUGCGAAGCUACUGGAGGAAAUCAAAUGUGCACACUGCUCACCUCACGCUCAGAAUCUAUUCCACUCACCUGAGAAAAGGGAAACACCUGAAAGAGAACUAAUUCUUCCCUACCUGUGCAAAGACUAUUGUAAAGAAUUCUAUUAUACUUGCAGAGGUCAUAUACCAGGUUUUCUCCAAACUACAGCUGAUGAGUUUUGCUUUUACUAUGCAAGAAAAGAUGGUGGUGUAUGCUUUCCAGAUUUUCCAAGAAAACAAGUGCGAGGGCCAGCUUCUAACUCCCUGGACCACAUGGAAGAAUAUGACAAAGAGGAAGAGAUCAGCAGAAAACACAAGCACAACUGCUUCUGUAUUCAGGAGGUUGUGAGUGGACUAAGGCAGCCUGUUGGAGCAGUACAUUGUGGGGAUGGAUCCCAUCGCCUCUUUAUUCUUGAGAAAGAAGGAUAUGUGAAGAUUUUCAGUCCUGAAGGAGACAUACUCAAGGAACCUUUUUUGGAUAUACACAAGCUUGUUCAAAGUGGAAUAAAGGGAGGAGAUGAAAGAGGACUGUUAAGCCUUGCAUUCCAUCCCAAUUACAAGAAAAAUGGAAAGCUGUAUGUGUCUUAUACCACCAACCAAGAACGGUGGGCUAUUGGACCUCAUGACCACAUCCUUAGGGUUGUAGAAUACACAGUGUCCAGGAAAAAUCCACACCAAGUUGAUAUGAGAACAGCAAGAGUGUUUUUAGAAGUAGCAGAACUACAUCGAAAACACCUAGGAGGACAGCUUCUGUUUGGCCCAGAUGGUUUCCUAUACAUUUUUCUCGGAGAUGGCAUGAUCACUCUAGAUGAUAUGGAGGAGAUGGAUGGUUUAAGUGAUUUUACAGGUUCUGUAUUGCGCCUCGACGUAAAUACUGACCUGUGCAAUGUCCCUUAUUCCAUACCACGGAGCAACCCACAUUUUAACAGUACAAACCAACCUCCUGAGAUUUUUGCACACGGACUCCACAAUCCAGGACGAUGUGCUGUGGACCGCCACCCAACAGAUGUAAACAUCAAUUUAACUAUUCUUUGCUCAGAUUCAAAUGGAAAGAACAGAUCUUCAGCAAGAAUCUUACAAAUAAUAAAGGGUAAAGACUAUGAAAGUGAGCCUUCACUUUUAGAAUUCAAACCAUUCAGCAGUGGAUCCUUGGUUGGUGGAUUUGUCUAUCGAGGCUGCCAGUCUGAAAGACUCUAUGGAAGUUAUGUAUUUGGAGACCGCAACGGAAAUUUUUUAACACUGCAACAGAGUCCUGCAACCAAACAGUGGCAAGAAAAACCCCUCUGUCUUGGCAACACUGGUUCAUGUAGAGGUUUCUUUUCAGGCCCUGUCUUGGGAUUUGGUGAAGACGAAUUAGGUGAGAUUUACAUAUUAUCAAGCAGUAAAAGUAUGACACAGCCUCACAGCGGAAAACUCUACAAGAUCAUUGACCCAAAAAGGCCUUUAGUCCCUGAAGAAUGCAAAAGAACAGCUCAGUCUGCACAGGUACUGACAUCUGAAUGCUCAAGGCAUUGUCGGAACGGGCACUGCACUCCCACAGGAAAAUGCUGCUGUAAUCAAGGCUGGGAAGGAGAGUUCUGCAGAACUGCAAAAUGUGAUCCAGCCUGUCGACAUGGAGGUGUCUGUGUAAGGCCUAAUAAAUGCUUAUGUAAAAAAGGCUAUCUCGGCCCCCAGUGUGAACAAGUGGAUAGAAACAUCCGAAGAGUGACAAGGGCAGGUAUUCUUGAUCAGAUCCUAGACAUGACAUCCUAUUUGCUGGAUCUAACCAGCUAUAUUGUAUAGUUUCUGGGACUAUUUGGAAACUUCACUUUCAACGGGCAUUUGUUUUGAAUCCUGUCAUUUUUAAAAGACUGUUAUCCUGCAACAAAUACCGGUGAUUUACUUUAUUAAUUUAAGUACAAUAUCCACAAAUGUGCAGAUAAAUUCUUUGUAUGUGUGUAAAUAUUUCUGUACGUCUCCACAGACGUGCCGAUAUCCAAUACGUGCACACAUACACAUGCACGCACUAUCACAAAUACGGUUUUACAGCUAGUGGAAUUUUUUUUUAUAUUUAUUUCUUCAUGAGAAAUAGUUUACAAAGUAAUUCCACUGUAAACCACAUUUUCAUCAAAGGACUUUUGUGAUGUCUAAAUGGAUUCUUUGACAUCCCAGAAAUCUCAUGUCUGUACCUAUCUGGUUCUAGCAAUAAGAGAGCAGUUUUCAAACACCGCUGUAUAAACUGCUGGACUUAAUAAAAUCCAGUUGUAACAGUUUCUAAGGUGAACGGAACUACAUCAUGAGACAAUAUUUCAGAACUCCUUAAUGCAUUCCUAUCUAGGCAAUUCAUUGUAAGACUGUAACCUUCACCUUCAUCAAUGUAACUCUAUUACAGAAUGUUACGCAUUUCUUUAUCUAGCAUAGAUGCAAAAAUCUGGUUAUCGCAGCUUAAUAUCAAGAUUGUUUCAAGUGUUUAAUAAUUAAAUUAUAUUCGCAUAUUUCAAAACCAGUCAUCCUAGAAGGUCUGCUUUUUAUCAUAUAUUUUAUUUAACGAUGGGCACUGGGUUCAUGUUACAUAUUUAUAUUAUUUUAUUUUAUUUUUAUAAUAUAGACAUCACCUAGAUGAGACAGCUUUACCAUGUCCUGUAAAAUACUAAAGUUACAUUUUUCACCAACUUAAUUGGAAAGACGGGGAAAGAGAGAGCAAACACACUCUUUAAUGUGUUGUGGAUCUAAUCUAGAAAUGUAUCCUUGUGUCAACUUGUAUUCAUUUACGACGGAUGAAAAAAACAACCGCCAACCAAUCAUAAUAAAAUUCCAGCAUAUGUUAAAAGUGUUCAUAAAGGGAUUUUCACUGUAACAGGACGAGCCAGAUUAUACACAAGUAGACUGCUGCCGAUUUCACACUGAACGGAACGUCCCUGGACGAGCGCUCACAUGAGCAUGUGUUGGCUGUGUAAGAUGUCACUUGUACAAAACGUAUAACUAUUCUCGCCAAAGGCGGUUCUAAAUGUACAUGUUCCUUGAAGAGCUAACAUAAAAUUGAGUCUUUGCAAAUGUAUCAAUAAAUAUGGUGUACAUGCUAUAGUCAGGUUUUCUAAAGUAUUAAUAGUCCAAUCAGAUGUAUCUUCAGAACUGGUGCCCUCUUAUCUCCAGCUCUAGGGCAUUAUCAGCAGUUUCUUUGCUCACUACUUACCGACUAUCAGAUUUCCUUUGCACUACCUGGCUCUUAUAAAAUCUUGCCAAUGAAAAGCAAGCAGAGUAGCCACAGCGUGCACAUCCUAUGGUUCUCAUAAGCAGCUGCUCAUGCGUCAACAAUUUACAACAGUUUAGGCAAUAAGAUCUGAAAGACUUUUGCCAUAUUACUCUCCAAUAGCAAAAUUACCUCUCCGGGGCAGUCACACGCAACGAAUUUUCCUUUAUAGAAAGUUGUCGGUCUUCAUUUAUUAAGUAUUAAAUCUGAAAGUACAGCCUGAUACUUGCAUUUCUCUGUCUUACGCACUCCAGCUCAGAGGAACAGAAAACUACAUUUGCCUUCCAUAUAUGUUUGCCUGGGUUUCCAGUGACCUCAUGCCAAAUGGAAAUUGGUUGAGAAAUCUUGGUUAAGUGCUCAGAGAACAAUGGUCUGCAUUAAAAAGUGCAUGCAUAAUUUUGCACAAUGUAGAUUCAACUGACAGUCCAUUGAAAGACGUCUUGGGAUUAAAUGAGCAUGAAGACCAAAUUGCCCUCUCACCCCAGAAAAGGGUGGUCCCUUAUAGUCACACGAACACUUCAUUGGCUAAGCAGUGUGACCAAUCUUAAAAUGAACCCUGCGGUAGCAUCUGUAGGUUAAUAGCAGCUCUUUGUCUCCGCUGCUUUCUGCCUUUAGUCUUUUCCCUGAAUUCCAUCACAAAAAAGUUUUACAAUUAAAAAAUGUCCUGACAACCAUUUUUGUAAAUUGACCUUAGCAUCUAAUCUUUCCUUAUUCAACGUGGGUGACAAAAAUGUGAACUUCUCAUGAAUGAGCCAGCUGUCUAAAUCUGUCAAAUAGCGCAGUUUUAUUACACUCUUCAUAAUCGGCAAACCAAGAAAGUCGCUGAAGUGUUUUAGCAACAUUUAAAUAUCCGACAGAGAUAACAUCUUUAACACUUUCUUUAAUGAAAUAUAUUUAAAAAUAAACCCAACUUUAACCCCACUCUGAUGCAUUAUUUUCAACAACCAGCUGGGGAGAUGUGAGAGUUCUUUUCUCAUUGCUUAGUUCCUGGAGACUUAAAAAAUACCACAGAUGGUACCUAAAUUGAAGAUCCCCAGUAAUAUUUAUGCCUUAGUCAUGUAGAGAAGGGAUAACAAUGAUCUUAGAGUUUUGAUCUUAAUAAUAAAGACAAUUUAGUUUACUAGUGAAAAUAAAACUCCAGUAAAAAGCUAAGAAUUAAAUCCAGGCAUCAUUCGAAUCGAUGGCAAAAACCUCACAUCGGCUGUGCUGCACCCAGAAAAUCGCUUUCAAACUGGAAGCAAAAUACUUCAGUUUAUUUUAUUUAAAAAAAAAAAAAAAAAAUCUGUUUGAAUCAUUCCAUCAAAAUUUCAAAACUAAGAAGUAAUCUAAGUGAAGAUUAGAGGGAGAGGGGAGACAGUUUGUGGAAAGUGUUUUGCUUCAUUUUUAAAUCAUCUUUUAUAUCAUGUGAAAGCAAGCAUCUGCAUUAAGCCCACAUGGGUACAUAGGAAGUCCCAGUGGAAAAGAAGUAUUCUAAAAAAAAAAAAAAAGCCACAAAAAAUCCUAGCUCUUAUUUAUCAAAAGAAAUUAUACUAUUAAAAAGAGUGAGUAAACCCCAGGCCUAGCCACCCAAGAUGCUAAUAUAAAAAGGGCAACUGCAGUAAUUGCCCUGAGAAUUGGCAUACAAAAAAAAAAAAGGGGUCUGUAGAAAGCCCGUUGCCAGUUAGGUCAUUCUGCAGCCAUUCUCACACAACCUCCGAGAGUGUCCCAGAAUAAAACUGAGCUUAUAAAUGAAACUAGAUAAAUGAGGCAAUUAGAUAAGGGCCUCCAGAAGGGAUUUUAUGUAUGUGUUCAAGUUGUCUCUGUCUCUGUCUCUCUCUCCCCUAACCUUUUAUUCCAUUCAUUUCUUCCUUUAUUCGGAGAUACUGCCUCUCUGUUCCCAACACAUUGUACAUUUCAGGCGUUCUUUGAGGCUGUCUACUGUUAAAAGAGAACAAAUAUACCUGUUGCAAGAAACAUAACUCUAUUCCUGAUGUCUGCUAGUUUUCAACCCUCAUUUUAUUCUUUUGGGACAGGAAACUUCCCUUUUCUUUUUAAAUGCCACUGAUCAGAAAGAAGGCGUAUUAUUGGAAUAUAAGGAGAAACGUCUUUACUCCAUAGAUAAGUAGGGAGACAAAAACAUGUUAUGUAAAAUGAGCUCCAAAUUAUUUCACUCCCUUUCAGAAAAACAGUAAACUCAUUUUUCUAAUGUGUUCAAUAAGAAAUAUUAACUCAAACCCUCCCCCUCAAGGAAAUAAAUUUCUUCCUUUAACAGUCAGGGACACAGAUGCAAACCCUUUGUACCUUUAAAUCCUCACAGGUUAUUCUAUUUCAUGCAAACAAAGAGUAAGUUCUAUAUAAAUAAGAGUAUAAAUUCUAUAUUGCCAACAUGACACCUCUGUUUAUCUCCCUCCUUUCAUUUGCUUCUCCACAUUUUGGCUUUGCAAUUCCUUCCUUUCUAGAACCACAGCAAACGCCGAUAAUCCCUGGUUGCUGCCGGUGAUACUUUUUAUUUUUGAAACUGCCUAAUAGCCCGGUGCAUCAAAGAGGCUUCCCAGCAGGCUGAGGUUUUUAUCUGUUGAUCAUUCUACACAACUUUGUUAUUUAAUAGUAACUUCAAAAACUGUAUCUUAGCUGGGCAUUUACAGUUCAGGAGUAGCAGGCUCAAGCAGCUCAGCCACAGAGAGACUGAAGCUGGAGGAAGGGAGAAAGCACGCGGUCACUCAGCAGUCACUGUGCUUAUGCCAAAGUUACCAGAUUCCAGCCAAUGAUCAGGUGCCUCAAGUAAAAAGCAGAAUGAUAUUCCUGGGAUGAUGAAAUGUUGCUUUUCAGUAUACACUUUCUCUAAUUUGGGGUUAGAAAUGAGGAUAUUUUCAUGUACAAAUAUGAAAAAAAAAAACCCAACCAGAAAUUCUGAAAACACAAACAAGUAAUUUUUCACAGGUGUAAAGUCCCAUUAAGGUAAAAAUAAAUAUUCGUACUUGUAAUUCUACUUCUAGCCAUGAAAUAGGCAUUUAUUAGAUUGGGUCUACAUGAAAAAAUCAACUCCAAGGACAUCCUGCUCCGUUUAUUUUUCCUUAAUUAUGUAAAUCCUUUAAAAGACAUUAAUGCUUUUUAAUUUACUGUCCUUUAAUUUAACUCUGUAUCAGUUUAAUUAGGAAUGAUACCAUUUUGAUCUUCUGUCCAACUUAAAAGGUUAUCUUUGUCUCAGAAAAAACAGAAGGUAGUCAUGAAGUAAAUAAGAACUAAUUUUUCCCAUUUUGCAAUAUUAAAAAUUGACCAAUAUUUUAUUUUUGUCAUUUAAAGAAAAUUAACUAAGAGUCUCAACAAAAAGGCAACCAACCCUUUAAAUUUACUCUAAUCCAAAUUUGCAGAAAAUACGUACCAAAUAAUCUGGGUUCUGGCUACAGAAAACUGAUAAAUAUUGCCAUAAGUAGUUUCAGUGCAAAAUAUCGUAGAAACAUUGAAAAAAGUGAAGACUGUUUUGCUAAAAUGUUCGUGUUUUCAACAGCAGAGCAAUUCAGUGAAAUAAGACACAUGUACUUCUUAGGAUAUAGGUGUGAAACAGCAGAAGCCACCUGAAAGCUUAGUACGGGAUUAACUUUAAUCUUUGAGGGCCUGACUCAAAGUUCAUUGAUGUCGACUGAAAAUCUCCUAUUGACUUCACUAGUUAUAGGAUUAAGUCCUUAAAAGAUCUCCACUUAGCUGGCAGAAGAUCUUAACUUCAGACAUCAGUGCCCACAUGACCUCGCCGUGUCUGCAUCCGCAGUCAUUAGAUGCACCAAGGUUUGCUGGAAUAAAACUGCAGAUUCAGCCCUGCGUAAAGCCGUACGGAGCAAUCCUACUUAAAGCUGUACGGAGCACAUCCAGUCCUCCUGGGUUUCCUUAUAGGUAUUGCCAGCAGUUACACAAGGCGUCUAUUAAAUCUGACAGACUUCUUGAUACUUCUUUAAAAACAUUGAGCAAUCAGCUCGCGUUUUUUCUCUUUCACACACGUAUAUGCUUAUUUCAAAUAUGUAAGCGUAUGCAGCUAAGCAGGAAAGUAAUUAAAAUACCAAGUCAGUGGCCCCAUUUUAUGAAAUAGCCGUAGUAAGACGGGGCCCUGAGUUGCCCCCACAGAUGCUCACAAACAUCCACGGAAGAGUUCCCUCGACUGGUUUGAGCCCAGUAUCACAAAGGCUGAAUUCAGCAGCGUUAGGCACAUUUUCAAACCUUUCUUUCUGUAUUUAAUAGGGAUGGUGUAAUAUUUCAAUCGAGACUACAUACAAAUCAUAAAAUGUUGUUGUCACCCUUACUAAUAAGGCUAGUGAGACUGAAGGCGAUGAGAGUCCUCAGCAGUGAAAUGACAGGCGUAAGCGAUUACGGGGCAGGAGAUGAGCAGGCGUUCUAGAGACGUGUGCUAGGCAAAGGGACAGCCGCUUGCCUUCGCACUCAUUGAUUUCAGUUACCACUCUGCACACAGAAUUUAUUGUGCUAUAAAAUGCACAACACCCAAACAAUCUUAGCACAGCAAUUAAUUCUGCGUAGACUGACACUGGGCAGACUGACUAAUCAGUAUUAAUAAUGCCUUAUCUGGGAAAAGAGAAACGUUAUUAUUUUAUAGCACUGUGCGAGUGGUUCAACAGACACAUCAACCUUUUUCCUUCAGCUCACUCAUGAGUUAUUAAUAAUUACUAAUUUGGUCUACAUAUUAGCAAAAGAUUAUCAUGUUGUCCCAUAACCCAAAGAAAAGGUUUCCAUAGGAAAUUUUUCUUCGCGUUACACUAUACAGUUUGAUUUGAAAGCCAAGUGACACGCUUGCUUACCAGAGCUCUCAGUACUGAAAAUAUACCAUUGUAGUGAUCAUCUUAUGCUAUAGGAAUCCACAAAAAAAUUAUAUUCUGUUAUAUACAUUUAAUGUGUCUUUACCUAUUGUCUACUGUAAACACACUGAGUUCCACAAUCAAAAAUGUCAGAAAUCAUUGCUAAGAAUGUGCACAAAUGGCAAGCUGCAUUAUUGGAGAAGAGUUUUAUUUCUACUGAUAAAAACCCCAACUUUCCAGCUGUUGUAAGUGAUCAGUAGGGUCCCAUGUAUUAUAUAGUUAAGUUCCUUUUACAGUUUAUGAGAGUUUCCAAUUUGUUUUCAUUUUGCAAUGAAAACAGAAGUGAAAAAAUAUUUAAAUGAAAAAUUGCUUAAAUUCCCAGGAAAUUUCAGAAAGCAGGUGCCAGCUAAAGCACGUGAAUAUAUGCAGUGGCUGUGUUCACAAUAUUCUUGGGUGGAAAGAAGGCAGAUAGGGGCGGCUGGUUUUGGUUUGUUUGGUUGGGUUUUUUUAUUGUAGGAUGCAUUUUGCUGUAGGACAAAAAGGUGGUUUGCAUCACAAGGCAGUAACAAACAAAUCCCAUUUUCUGAAUGUUCCUAGGAGGAGCGGCUAAAAGGAAAACCUUCUAGGCAGAGUCAAAAGUGGUGUGCAGAAUGAACUUAAUUCAUAUCAAGAUAUACUGAGACCAGAAACCAUCUGGUAUUAAGUGACCACAUCUAUCUUGUAGUGAUCUCCAUUAAUACCAGAAGCAGUAACCCUACCCUGUCAAUUAUCCAGAAAUGCUAGGAGCUGUCCCCCACAAAAUAUACUGCAGAAUUAAAACUUCAAUUCCCUUUCGAGAACAAUUAGAUUGUAAUGGGAGCCAAGCAGAAAAGGAAGUAACAAAAUUCUGUCACUUGAGAACAUUACUGUUGUGAUAUUCCUCUCUUCAAUUAGUUUUAUUUUAUAGUAGCUGUCAGGUACUGUAUGUACAUUUGAAAUGUGGGAAAAUAGCUUAGAAAAUAUCAUGCAAACUAUGUUUAAGUAUCUUCUAUAAACUGUAUUAUAGUACUAAGCAUAUACAUGCACCAAUCUAGCAGAGCACUGGAGCACGCAAGUAAUUUUAAGCAUAUGAGUCUCACUGAAGUCAUGUGCUUAACGUUAUUAAUAUAAUUAAGUGCUUUCUUGGUUUGAGACCUUACAAGCCUUUGCAAGUCUACCUACGUAGACUACAUAUGCUAUAUCUGUAUUUCUUUUUAGGGAGACAGCAUGGCUGAAGUUCACAGCAAUAGAAUUCAGUUACUGCCUGUCACAAAUUCUGAAUAUUUCCAAAUAACGUGAAAUAAUUGCAUCUUUGUGCCUCCACUUUCCAUCUGAAAAUUAGUGAAGUCAGUCCUUGUAAAGCGCUUUGAGCUCUUCAAAUGAAAAGUGCUAUAAAAAGUACAAAUUAUUAUUAUAUUAUUGAACACCAUGUAUGUAUACACACUAUUAUGUAAUAUAUAAUAUAUGUAUAAUGCAUAUAAAUUCUAACAAAUGUAUUUGUGUAAUAUCUGAGAAAUGGAACAGUUGUAUCUGGAAGUGAUAAAUGCAUAGAGUUGGAUUUAUUGUUAAUCUGUGGAUUUAAUGAUUUUUUUUAGACAAAAGGAUGUUUAAGUGUAUAAUUGCUUUUCUUAAUUUAAUAUAUUUAUGUAAAUGCAUGCCUGAAGUUCUGGAUAGAUAGCUAUUCUGUGUCCCUUAAGCUAAUAAAAUAUAUUAAACUUUAUCUUACUAUAUAAGGUACACCUGCUGCUUUAAAUUUUUUUGUUUUUAAUAUUUUUGUUAUGACUAAAUGCAUAAUUUAAAAUUCAUGAAAUUUUAAUUUUAGUCAGCUCUUUGAUCUUUGCAGUAAAAGCCAAA